ACAUAACCAUCACGUUAAAGUUAACUACUCUUUCCAUUAAUUCGUAAGAAUUCAUCAUAAUCCAACAUCAUGCCGAUCUUUGGGGGAUCUUCUGAUUCUGAAGAAGAAAGAACGAUGCAUCAACAAACUAAGCUCUUCAAUCGCCAACGAUCAAUUCACUCAAUAUUCGGAGGAGGCAAAGUUGCGGAUAUUUUGUUAUGGAGAGAGCCGAAAAUAGCUGCAACAUUGGUGAUAGGAGUUAGUCUCUUAUGGUUCUUACUGGAAGUAGUGGAAUACAAUUUCAUAACCCUAGUUUGUCAUGCUUCCAUGACCUCUAUGCUUCUUUUCUUCAUUUGGUCCACUGCUUCCGAUUUUCUCAAUUGGGAAAGGCCAAUCAUACCAGUAGUGGUGCUCGACGAAUCGUCUUUCAAGGAAUUAGCAACAAGCUUUCAUGAUAGAUUCAACCAAAUCCUCUCCAAGCUUCUUGACCUUGCUUGUGGAAGAGAUCCUCCACUCUUUUUCCUCACAACAAUCUCACUUUACAUCCUAUCCGUCAUCGGGACAUGUAUCAACUUUAUGAAUCUUCUGUUCAUAGGGUUUGUAAGCAUGCAAACAUUGCCGAUUAUGUACGAGAUGUACGAGGAUGACGUGGAUAGAGUGGCGAGUAUGUUAAUGAGAAAGAUGAGAAAGUUGUACAGGAAAGUGGACUCAAAUGUUCUCAGCAAGAUCCCAAGAGGAACUGUCAAAAGCAAGAAACAUGCUUAAUUUUUCAUUGGUUACUCACUGAUGUAAAAUAUAAUUUAUAUGCAUAGAGAGACAAUUCUUUAUAUAGUUACCGUAAAACAAGUUUUAAUUCGUAGUUCAAAUAAAUAGAAUUAUUUUGGUU